GAGGGAGGUGUCAUAAAUGAAGAGAGAGUAUUAAGGAACCAGUGCAGGAAAGUUCUGAUCACUUAUAGAAACUCAGAACAUCAGUUGGACAAACUAUAGCAACUACUAACUAACUAGUGGGUUGGAGUAACUAGUCAGGAUGAAAACCCACUUGGUUGUGUCUUGCUGUCUGCUCUCUGCAGUGUGUUUUCUGGAGGCAGAGAUGAUCUCAGUUGAGGGGACAGAGGGCAGCGAUGUCUCCUUCACAUGUUCCCAUGGUAACGCCUGGAGCAACAACAAAUACCUCUGCAGGGAACCAUGCACGGACGACCAAGACAUCAUAGUGACUGUUACAGCAGGUGGAACAGCAAAGGAGGGUAGAAUCUCUCUGAAGGACUCAGGAUCUGGAGACUUCACUGUGACCUUCUCUCAGCUGCAGAAGGCUGACUCAGGGAGGUACUGGUGUGGAGUGGAGAGAAAUGCAGCUGUGGACACUUUUUACGAGGUGCAGCUAACAGUUCUGAACGUUCCACCUGGACCCUCUGGUGUAAGGCCCAAAACAACUGUCUCUACAACAUCUCCUCACCUCCCUACGACAUCAUCUAACCUUGCUACAACAUCUCCUAACCUCCCUGCAACAUCAUCUAACCUCCCUGCAACAUCUCUGACCACUAAGGACCUGACAGUGCUCUUGUGUGUGUGUCCUGCUGGUCCAGUGCUCCUGUGUGUGUGUGUGUCAGGGCUGCUACUGCUGGGAAUGAUCUUGCUGUUAAACUACCUCUGGAAGAGACACAAUAUAUCACCCGAUCCACAUCUCACCAUGACCCCAACCCCAGACCCCACCUACCAACACCUCAACCCUGUCUCCAUGGAUACAGAGCCCACCUACCAACACCUCAACACGAUCACCAUGGAUACAGACCCCACCUACCAACACCUCAACACGAUCACCAUGGAUACAGAGCCCACCUACCAACACCUCAACCCCGUCACCAUAGAUACAGACCCCAUCUACCAACACCUCAACCCUGUCAUCAAGGAUACCUGAGCCACAGUGUCUGAAACCCAGACAAAACUGUCUAAAACACAAAUGCUUCAUAACUGGUCUGUUCUGGGUUCUAUGAAAAUUUAACCAUUGAACUAUUUGUAUGUUGGAUUAAAGUAA